AGUGCAAUUAUAACUUUGUUAAUUAUAGUACCGAUUCAAGUUUACAAAUAAGAUGCUAAUAAUUGUGCUUUUGUUGCUACCGCUUGCGGUAAAUACCGCAAUUUAUUUUAAAGGAAAUCACACAAAAUAUUUCUCAAAUAUACCUACGAAUUGGGAUGAAGGCCCAGCAGGGAAAGUAUUCGAAGUCGCUACGCAAAAAGUCACAUGGUAUCAAGCUCUGAUUUUAUGCCAACAAGGCGGAAUGGAGCUGGCCAGCAUUAGCUCAGCGGAAGAAGAAGCCGAAGUUGAAAAAUUAUUAGCUGGAUAUCCCAUACCAGCUGGAGUCACUAGCGGAUUUUGGAUAUCGGGAGGAAGAAUGGGAGCGUGCAACGCAGCCCACGAUUUUGUAUUCUUCAACUCAGGAAGGCCGGUGAUUUACAGUAAAUACGCCCUCAAUCAACCGGAUAAUGCUGGAGGAAAAGAAGGCUGCCUACAUAUUUUCAAAGACACACAAAAUUCGUAUUAUUGGAACGAUAUUCCUUGCGAGACUAAAUUUGGAUUUAUUUGUCAAACUCGAUCAUGUUGUCAAUGUUCAUAAGAACUUUUGCCUUUGUAAAUGUUGGAAUAAAAUGUAUUUUUACUUCAAUGAA